AUGGCCGCCCUCAGCUUUCCCUCCCUCCGCUCACCGUUCUCUCCCUCCCUCCCCUCCACCAACCACUCCCUCCUCCCUCCCUCAUCCCUCCCCACCCCCUCCUCUGAUAAUUGCUGUCUUACCUGUGUCAGUCCACCUCCCCCUCAGCCCCUCCCUCCCUCACCUCUCUCUCACUCCCCCCUCCCUCACCUGACCCCCUCCUCUGAUAUUCGCUGUCUUACCCGUGUCAGCGCACCUCCCCCUCUGCCCCUCCCUCUCUCCCUCUCCUCCCCCUCCCUCACCUCACCCCCUCCUCUGAUAUUCGCUGUCUCACCCGUGUCACUGCACCUCCCCCUCACCCCACUCACCCCUCUCCCCCCUCCCUCCUCUGAUAUUCCCUGUCUUACCCGUCGCACCUCCCCCUCUGCCCCUCCCUCCCUCACCCCCCUCUCUCUCUCCCUCUCCUCCCCACUCCCUCACCUCACCCUCACCUCACCCCCUCCUCUGAUAUUCGCUGUCUCACCCGUGUCACUGCACCUCCCCCUCAGCCCCUCCCUCACCCCUCUCUCCCGCCUCCCUCACUGCACCUCCCCCUCAGCUCCUCUCGCUCUAAUUACACACUUUUCAUAA